UUCAUCCCUUCCAAGCUUUUGUUUGGUUAUUGUACAGUUAUUUUGACCGAUUAACACUUUUCUUUUUUGGCGAUUCAUUCUUUGAAUUGAGGUCUGAUUGCCCCAUAUUUUAUUCUAUAUUAGAGAUUCAACAUGUCCGUUCGACGCGCCUCUCAUGCCGGUAGCUGGUACUCUGAUUCUGGCAAAGAACUUUCAAAGCAGCUCGAGGGCUGGCUAAGUGCUGCCGAUCUUUCUCACGGUCCUGCUAGAGCCAUCAUUGCCCCACAUGCUGGAUACCAAUACUGUGGAGCUUGUGAAGCAUUUGCGUAUCGCCAAGUCAGCCCUGUUUGUGUUAAACGGGUAUUUAUCUAUGGGCCCUCUCAUCAUGUCCGACUUGCCGGAUGCGCUCUGUCAUCUGCUACCAAGUAUCGAACUCCUUUGUAUGACUUGAAGAUAGACACUCAGAUUUAUGCUGAACUUGAAAGUACUGGCCACUUUGAGAGGAUGAAUAUGACUGUUGAUGAAGACGAGCACAGCAUUGAAAUGCAUCUGCCAUACAUUGCGAAAAUUAUGGAAGACUAUAAGGACAAGUUUACAAUUGUUCCGAUCCUUGUUGGAUCUCUUUCUCCUGAGAAAGAAGCUCUUUAUGGAAAGGUUCUUGCAAAGUAUCUGGCUGACCCUCAGAACCUCAUUGUUGUGUCAUCUGAUUUUUGCCACUGGGGCCAACGGUUUAGAUACACAUUCCAUGAACGUUCAUGGGGUCCAAUACACCAGUCAAUUGAAACUCUUGAUCGCAAAGGUAUGGACAUUAUAGAAACUCUGAACCCAUCUGCCUUUACUGAUUAUCUGAAGAAGUAUGGUAACACAAUUUGUGGCCGCCAUCCUAUUGGUGUCCUGUUGCAGUCUGCUGCUCAUCUCAUUAAAGAAGGUGGCUUGAAUGGAGAGAAGCUCUCCAUGAAAUUUUUGCAGUAUGCUCAAUCAAACAAGUGCUGUAACACCAGUGACUCGUCAGUUAGCUAUGCUUCUGCUGCUUUGGUGUUUGAGUAGUACAUGAAAAAGGAAAAGUAGAGGUGUUGUGUUCUAGUGACUCAUGAGUUCAGUGCAAUGAACAGUUGUAUUAUCCUUAUUUUAUUGUCUGCAUAGAACUACAGAUUGUACUGAACGAUAAUCUUUGACUUGUAAUUUAUUGAACAUAAUUUUCUUGUCAAUGUGCUGCUUCACCAGUAGAGACGUUCCUCAUGGUGGGACGUAAUGUGUCAAUGUGAUAAUGUUUCUUCUCCCAUAUCUUCACAAUUGAUUGUCACCGGCUCUUAUUGUCCUAAAGGUGUGAUCUGCAGUGGAUCAGAGGCUUUAAGUUUAGAUAAUUCAAAGCUAGGCUCUAUUAUAUGUCUAUUGAUUUAAAUAAUUUCUGAGUUGAAAGUAUGACUUCAUGCCCAAUUUGACUCAGAAUUACAUUUGAAGGCAAUGAAUUUAGUUAUUCAUUGGCAGAUGCUAAGUUGUGAUUUUUAUGAGAAAAAUGUUCUAGAGACAUAACGAACUUCUUAAUUUAAUUCAUCAGAGGAUUGUUUGAGUCCUUUCCAGCUAUGAAGCAGAGUUUUUACUUUGCUCAGAGGACGAGUAAAAUUGUCCAUGUAUCCCACUUGAUGCAUUUCAUUACCUACUUUUGGUACUAGACAAAUAUUCCCUGCUAAGUCAGCAGCUUUGAACUGCUGUUAUUCGUCUUUGGUGGCUGAAUUAUUACAUGUAUCCUUUAGGAAUAUUUUAUUUUUAACUGCCAUCAUUUAUCAAGCAAUCUGUGAUUUGUGCCCUGCAUUCUGUCAACGAAGACUGUAAAAGGUUGUCUGGCCAUACUCAGGGAUGCAGGUUGUGUGUCCUCAAGCAGUGCGUCUUAACAUUUGGAAUGCCUCAUGUACUUUACUGUGCCUUAAAUUUUCAAUAUUUCUUUUUUUUUCUUUAUGAGCUGCACUGCUUGAAGGGAGUAAGGCUUUAUACAUGUUGUGGAGGAUUUCUUGUGAAGAAUGAUUUUUGUCUUCAUUUUUCAUUACACCCUCAUGGCACUGAGUGGGGCCAGGACUUAAAAAACAUAUGUGGGAAUUUCUAGAACCUUUCCUUCAAUGCUCUUAGUGAUUUUUUUUACCAGUGUGCUCAUUUUUUAAAGUUUUGUAUGGGACUAGAAACAUGUUUAGUCUAGUAUGGCAUUUGGUUGGUUUAAAUUGAGAUUUUCACAUUUUCAUGUGGGUACACUCCUUUAUAUCCUGCUGUGAUCUGAAAGGUAGUGAUUUCACUCUGUCCAAGUAAUGACUUAAUAUUAAAUGUUUUAGUUGAUUUGAUAUCUUUAUGCUUAAAAAUCUUGGAAGAAAGGUUGUGAAUGUUAAUGGAUCUGAAAAAGAGUUGUGUUAUUGAAGACAAGUUCAAUUACGUGUAAGCAAAGGCAAGGCUGUCAUUUGCUGAUUUAACUGCCUAUGACUUGAGUGAACUUUCCAUGCCAAGAGAUAGCUUUAAUCUGUACUGUGACUUAUGUGAAGGGAAUCUCGGUGAGCUCUGCGAGAUGCUUUGACUUGGAGUUUAUUCCUACAAUUAAAAGAAAGGAACAAGAA